AUGACUGCCGCUCCUAAGAAGACCCUCUCCCUCACACCACCACCGACACCCCAGACCAUCGGUGGUGGCUCGUCCUUCCCUGGCAUCCCGACGAUUGCAUCUCCACCCAGCUCGCCGCGUCUCAAGGACAAAGUCUGCAUCAUCACUGGUUGCAACAGUGCUCUAGGUAUUGGCAGAGCAUCGGCCUACGAGUUCGCAAGUGCAGGCGCAAAGGCACUGAUCCUAUCCGACUUUGACACAUCAAACCUGGACAACUGGAAGCAAGAUAUCGAGAAGCUCUACUCGGGCACCGAAGUUAUCGUGAAGAAGGUUGAUGCAGGAGACGAGGAGCAUGUCAAGGCUGUUGUGAAGUUGGCCUUGGACAAGUGGGGAAGACUCGAUGUUUUCUUUGCGAAUGCUGGUAUAAAUGGUACCAUGGAGAGGGUCUACGAGGUGGGAAAGAAGCAAGGAAAGUCAGAGGAAGAGUUCAUGAGGACUAUGAAAGUGAACGCUUUGAGUGUCUUCCUGGCAACAAAACAUGCUGCCAAUGCCAUGAUGCAGAACAAACCCAACCCGAGCGGGUCUAUCAUCAACACAGCCUCCGUAGCUGGCUUACGCUCCAAUGCUGGCCCCACAGACUAUUCCGCCUCCAAGGCCGCUGUCAUCAGUAUAACCCAAACCUCGGCCUACCAACUCGCCGGCACGAGUAUUCGUUGCAACGCCAUCUGCCCAGGCAUCAUUGAAACUGGUAUGACAGCAGAAAUGUACAAAGCAGCAAGGGCAAGAGGAAGUGUAGGCAAGAUCGGUCAGCUAAACCCUUUGAUGAGAGGUGCGGUAGCCGACGAAGUUGCGAGAGUAGCCUUGUUUUUGGCAACAAACGAGAGCAGUUAUGUCAAUGGACAAGCCUGGGCUGUUGAUGGAGGCCUCAGUGCAGGUCUGCCAUUUGUACCGGGAAAGCUAGCAUAG